AUGUGGGGCCAGCGGUUCCCCGCACGGGCAUACCGACAGGCGCGCGAGGUUGUGUUGUGCUCGGCAAAGUACCGCCCGCUGCUACUGCUUGUGCUGGCGUGGCUGGACGGCCCGGGCCUGGCCCUGGCGGCCCGGGUGUGCCGGCACUGGGCGACGACGGUGGCCACCUCUGACUCGCUGUGGCGGCGGCUGUAUGUGCGGCACUUUGCGCGGACGCUGCCGCUGUCGGCGGCGGGCCUGCCCGGUGGGAGCGGCAGGCCGGGCGCGGCGGCCAUGCGCGAGGUCUACACGGCGCGGUACGCCGAGGAGCGCGAGUGGGUCCGCACACCGCUGCGCCACCUGGAGCUACCGCACCCGCUUGCCGGCCAGCCGGCCGUGGCCGUCCUCCUCGCUCCGCCGCCCAAGUCCGACCUGAUCCUCAUCGGCGCCCACGGCACCAUCUGCGGCUAUGCCGCCAUCCGCGCCUCGCUCUCGCUCAUCGCCAACCGCGGCCUUCCGCCGCCGACCGUCGCCUUCUCCACCGGCUAUCCGCUUGCCUGCGGAGCACUCUCGCCGGGUGGCGAGGUGCUAGUGGUUGGCGGCUCAAAGCUCGCCAAGUGGGAUAUCUCGUCGACGCUGCCCAUGUGCGUCGCCGUCUUUGUUGGCCACGACGACGCCGUCACCGACGUCGAGCCAGCCUGGUCGGCUCGCAACGAUCUAGGCCUGCUGCUCUCGGCAUCGGUCGACAAGACCGCUCGCCUGUGGGACGGCGCCACCGCUGCUUGCCUUCGGGUCUUUGGCGGCCACGCCGCCGGUCUCGAACGCAUCUCCUGGCUGGCCUCGGCCGAGGCCUCGCACUUUGUCACGGCAGGCAACGACGGCGUCCUCCGCGUGUGGCGCGUCGACUCGGCCAAGUCGCUACUCUCACUGCCAUCGUCCAAGGGCCUGGCUCGUGCCUGGGCUGUCUCGCCUGGGCCAGACUACUUUGUCUCGGGCCACUCGGACGGCAACGCCCGGGUCUGGCGCCUGGACUCCACUCGCGGCUCACCGGCUGUCGACGUUGUCCUUGUCGGCCAUCGCGCCGGCAUCACUGCUCUCCAGGUCUCAGGCUCCAAGCUUGUGACGGCGUCAGACGACGGCUCGCUUCGGGUUUGGCGCCUGGCUGCGCUGGGUGACUCGGCUCGCUUUGCGCCUCUGCAUAUCAUGGCUGCACACGCUUCUGGUGCCGAGAGCAUGCGCAGCUCGAAGAAGCAGCCGAGCCCGCCAAGCGGCCCGCGACCACCGCGUGGCCCCGCGCCGCGGCCGCCACGCGGCCCACGGCCGGCCCGCGGUCCGGUGGUUCGGCCAACGCACGGCGCCUCGACAGCGCUUCCGCCGCUCACUACCCGAGGACUGGCGACUCGGCGGCCCGAGUCGGUCUCAGCCAACGUGUUUACCGCUUCCGAGUGGUCUCAACUCGCGCUCGAGUAUCCGGACAUCCGCGCCGAGGUCGAGACGGUGCGCGGCCAGGCAGGCAAGGCCAAGUGGUCGCGACUGCGGACCAUGCUCCGCUCCUCGGUCCUCACCACCAUCAACGACCGCGUCCUCGAAGCAAAGCACUGGCUCCGCAUCUCUACCUCGGCGACUCCGCAGGACUACAUGGACUACCUCACUCGAUGGCAGCGCGGCGAUACCGAGCCCUCGUUUGCGCUCCAGGCCGAGGCACGGGCUCAGUUCCGUCCUCGGCCUGGCGGGACCGCACACGGUCCACGGGCGCGGGCCCGACUUGCCGCCUCCAUUCGCGAGCAGCGCCGAGAGGCGGCAGCGGCUUCUCGCGCCGCCCGCGCCGAGGCCGCUCUUUCGAACCCGGUCGAGCUGCCGCGGUCGGGUCUGUCGUCGGCCACCGUGGCCGAGCGUGCGCUGCGGAGGAAGCAGAAGGAACGCGCUGAGCGGAGCCGCCAGCGUGGGCUGCUCUCCACCCGGUGCUUUGCCUUUAAGCCAUCGCUGGCUGCAGCGGCACUCAAGGCUGCAUCGCAGUCGUUCAAGGCGCUCGAGCCACAGAGCCGACAAAAGCCGGGGGCUGUCCGCAAAGGUGAUGGCCACUCUGCUCUGCGGCAACUCUCGCUCUCGACCCUGUCAAGCUCGACCACCGCCUCGUCAGAGUCGUGCGACUUCAACACGGCGUUCAUUGCCUCGGUUUCGUCAACCAAGCCGCGGCCAGCGCCGACAGCGGCCCAUCAGCUACGGUCGCUACGACGACGGACAUCGAUCUCAGGCUCGCGGUCGGGGUCACGGUCUGCGUCGCGGUCGGAGUCAAUCUCGCGCCCUUCGUCUCGGGCCGGGCUCGACGCGCCUGUCCGGCCACCAGGGCCGGUUAAGACGUCGACUGCGCCAGAUCUGUGGGCUGCCGCCGGAAUGGCAGGCCCGCGAAGGGGUUCGACGCCGCGCGAGGCGAUGGUUGUACCACAGCUGGCGGUCAACAUUGUGCCGACCGAGUCGGCUGCUUCGACGCCCACGGGCUCGUGGGGAACCAGCGGUGGACUGCAGCGAAGCAGCCCGAAGCGGCGGCGGCAGCGGCGGCGAGCGCAAUCGGUCUCGGGCAAAUCGGGGCGACGAGCGAGCAUGUCGUCUACGUCGUCGUGCACCCGCGAUGACACCAACCUGCUCUCGCCACGAAGGACCAAGAGCACAAAGGCGCAGGUGCGGCGAGCAAGCUUGGCUGGCGCGCUCACCUCGCUUGCACCGCGGCCGUUUGACGACAUUGCUGAGGCCACCUUUGAAUCGAGCAUGGCAAUGGCCAACGUCAUGCUACAAAGCGUCCGCGAAGUGCAUGCGGACUCGCAGACGACGCUCGACAGCUCGGCCAGCUCGUUGGCCUACUCAAACCUGGCCGCCUUUUCGCUGAAAACAAAGUCUGGCACGUCGUCGUCAAGCUCGAGCUCCUCCUCCAGUUCGGGAUCAGGCUCGGGAUCGGACUCGGGGUCGGACUCGGGGUCGGACUCGGGGUCGGACUCGGACUCGGGCUCAUCGACAUCAGACUCGAAGACCGAGUCAACGCGGGCGGACCUGACCGAAACGACGAGUAUGCAGACCGAAGGCACAGAUCUGGUCUUCCAGGUCCGCCCGCAGGUGGCACGGAUGCGGACAGUGGGCAAGGGCGCGCUUGAGGUUGACCACGGCUCGCUCUCUGAAGUGGUGUUUGAUCCGCGGGCGACGACCAACGAGCGCGAUGUCGACAAGUACUCGACACGACUGCACCGCGACCGCGUGGCGUGGGCUGCGCGGACGAUAGUGCUCGGAUCCCCGGUGUGCGCCAUGGCGUUUGAGGACAACGUGCUGGUGGCGUCAUGUAUCGACGGCUCUGUCCACAUCCUCGCGUUCAAGCCCCUGCACGCCAUCGACUACGCCGACGACGAGGACAGCGGGCAAGGGCGGUUCCCGUGGCAUUUGGUCACGACGUAG